AUGACCGACACUACAAAAAUUACCGCUUCGGCUAUCGGUAUUGGUACGCUGCUUUUCUAUGUGUUCCCAAGAAUCCGCCGAACAGUAUUGAGGAUUUGGAAUACUCUCAGGCUCAUCGUGGAGGGCCCUACAAACGAGGAAAUCGAUCUGGAACAGGAAGUUCUAAUUGCCAUUUCUCCAAUCGAAAACAAUCCUAAUCCUCUUCCUCUGGCCGCGCCGCAGGCCCGAAAACGAACGCCAUACACAUUCCACGACAACUAG